AUGCUCUUCUCAUUCUUGAACGUUGUUCUUUUUUGCCAACUGGCGAUGGCCAGCAUUCACCGCCGCGUGGCACCUCUCNNCCCUCCUGCCCAGGAUCCCUUCUACCGUGCACCGCCAGGCUUCGAAAAUGCCGCGCCAGGAACAAUCCUAGCCUCAAGACCUGCUCCUGCUAGACUCGAACUGCUUAACCUCAUCCCAGUCAACAUCAAGGAAGUAGUUCAGCUUCUGUACCGCACGACCAACGCUAUGGGUCAGCCAGAGGUCACCGUCAGCACUGUCAUGAUUCCAAACAAUGCCUCAUAUGAUAAGGUCGUAUCAUAUCAGGUAGCCGAGGACAGCGGCGGUCAAAUCAACUGUGCCCCAUCAUAUACUCUUCAGACUGGCUCUCAAGCUUCGUACGCUGGUACUGGAGAUGUCGAAAUGUUCUUGAUCAUUGGCGCCCUGAACGAAGGAUGGAUUGUAAGCAGUCCAGACUGGGAGGGCCCCAACUCAACUUUCAUUGAAGGCUUCCAGGCUGGCCAAGCCACUCUCGACUCUGUCCGCGCUGUGCUUUCCUCUGGUUCUAUCACCGGUGUCAAGAGCGAUGCAAAGGUUCAGAUGUGGGGCUACAGCGGAGGUGCUCUUGCAUCUGAAUGGGCCAUGGAGCUUCAAGCUUCUUACGCUCCAGAACUGAACUUCGUUGGUGCUGCAAUUGGUGGAGUCACCCCCAACGUGCCUAACGUCUAUCAAUCUAUCAACAAUGGUCCAUUUGCCGGUCUUGCUGCCGCAGGCUUGUUAGGCAUGGCCAAUGCGUUCCCGGAGUUCGAAUCUGCCUUGACUAAACAGCUGAUUCCCGAGAAGGCAGCAGAAUUCUACCAAGCAGGGAGUAAUUGCUUCUACGGAGACGUGGUCCUUUUCGCCGGACAGAACAUGUCUUCGUACUUCUACGAUGGUGACAACAUCAUCACGGAACCCACCAUAGCCAAAUACUUCCGUUCAAAUGCUCAGAUGGGUCUUCAUGGUGUUCCUUCAAUGCCUUUGUUCGUCUACAAGGCAGUGGCUGAUGAGAUUUCACCCAUCGCUGACACCGACGCCCUCGUCGAUCAAUUCUGCAACGACGGAGUUUCGAUCACCUACGUCAGAGAUGCAGCCGGCGAGCACUUUACCCAAGCUGCCACCAGUUUCCCAGACGUGAUCAACUUCCUCCGCGCUAGAUUCUCAGGUGUUCCCAUCUCCGGCUGUACGCGCCGCAAUGAGUUCUUGGACAUCUUGGAUCCUGGUGCUCUACCCUACUUUGACGAGACUGUCGUUCAUGAUUUGCUCAUUAUCUUGGGCGAACCAAUUGGCCCACAGCACUUCUAG